AUGGCCAACGACACCGACCUCACGGCCGCAUGGCACGCUCACGCUCCGCCGCCGCCCCCUCCCCUGGCGGCUUCCUCCCGCUCCCGAUCUCGCUCGCCCUCGUCAUCGUCGUCGUCGGCGCAGCCACGGAGGAGGGCCUCUUACCACCCAGACUCGACGGCAAAACCACACGGGUUCGAUCCUCACACUCAGGGCGGCGUGCUGCCCCCAGACUCGUUCUCUCCAGAACCACAGUCGACACGCUCGCGCACAAACUCGCUCGUCAACCAACCCGUCACCUCGGCCUCGACCCCCUCGUCUCCUGUCAAGCGGCAUCGCACCAGGACCGGAUCCACGGUCGCACCCCAGGCCCCUAGCGCACUCUUCAACUACCGGCACCAGCAGUCGCAACAGCAGCAGCAGCAGCAGCAGCAGCAGCAGCAGCAGCAGCAGCACUCGUACUUUCAGCCAGCACCUCCCGCGCACCAGCAACCUCGCUCUCCGCAUCCUGCCUUGCCCGCCGGCAUCGCUGAUCCCAACACCGCCGCGUAUGCUAGAGUACGCCACGAUAGCUCGCCCUACCCCGGACCGGCAACCAGCGCGACCCAGCCUUCCUACGUCGCCGGCUCUCCUGGUCAACACGUCGUGCAGCUACCACCGACGACAUCGGGCCCCUACGCUCAUCUGCCGUACCAUCCUUCGCCGAUGCAGCAGACCGCCCCGACAGCCUACCCACAGCCGCCUUUCCACUCUGCGCAGCCUCAACAGCAUCAGCCGUAUCAGCAUCAGCAGCCGGGAGCCCCGCCUCACCAGUCACAACAACAAAUGUACGCGGCGCCACCGGCUGCGGCAGCGGGCUGGGAUGCUUACGCGGCAGCGCAUCCUUACGCCGCUCAGCAGGGGCCGCCUGCCAACCCUGCAGCUUCCCAGUAUCCGCAGCCAUCCAGCAGCUACUACACAACCCCACCGCAGCAGCACGCGGCCACCUUCUCCAGCGUCUACUCUCAGCCACAGCACGCGCAGCCCGCUUCCGUCGACCCGACCAGUGUCUCUUCGCCGCUCGGCCAUACACCACCGCAGGCUGGCUUCGCCUUUCCGAGCGUCGGCCAUGCUGCUCCGGCGCUGUCACAGGGCGACGUGCCCGCUCAGGUCUUCUCGCCUCCUCCGAUCGAUGCCUCGGGCAGCAGCCUCUCUCGUCAGUCGACGGUCUCCUCAGUGGCCUCUACUCGAAGACCCCUGCCGCAGCCCACUCGGACCACGUCUCUCACCUCUACGCCGACGUCACCGCUGGCCGGAGCGACGUCAGCUGGCAGUGUCCGGAGACGGUUGCCGCGGGUGCCGCCUUCUGCCGGUGCACAUCCUCCGGGUACCGCCUCGCCCCCCUCGGGCGACAGCCCUCAGGGCUCGCCCAAGCUCCCGCUGUCCACAUUGAACCGAACCGAGAGCGUGAGACUCGCCGCUGAGGCUCUCAUGGCGAGGGGCGUGCCUCAGCGUCGGCCUCUGCGCACUGCGCUGAGGAACAGCACCUUUGCGAGUCCCAACACAGCCUAUGGCGGCGGAGGUGCUCAGCCGCAGCCGGGCGCCUCGGUGGUCGCAGCACCUGCAGUCAUGUCUCCGAGUCAGAGCGAGCCUGUGGCUCGGGCAACGGGCAGUCCAACCGAUCACGUACCAGGCGCGAAUGUCUCCGCGCCAAGUCCCAGCCAAAGCGCCGGGCCUGGCAUCCCGAGCGCCGGUGGUCAGCAGCAAUGGACAAGCGGAGGAAGCCUCGAACACCAGGCUGGCUUCGUGUACCAUCAAGGCAGCCCUUCCCAGCCGCGGCCGUUGGAAGAGACACCGCAGCCGGCGCCGGCGCCUGCGACGUCGCAACCUCCAGCUUCAUACUCGAGCGCUGUAGAGCAGGCCCAGCGUCAGUCACUCCCGUCACAUUCUCGGAACGACCACUCGAAGGAACCCAACCGGGUCAGCCCGCUACCAGCCUCCCUGGCAGAUUCGUUCGCCCAGAUGUCGAUGCGAGGGCACGGGAGGGAACGGGCCACGGUCCGCGACUCGCCAUCGCCGCCGCCCCCUGAACAGACAGAUCCAUCGAUCGCUGUCGCGCCGCCAUCCAUCUCGGUCACAGGGAGCACCGAGAGCGAAGAGCCGCGCAGAAGAGGUGGCAGCGUUUCGCGAAGCCGGCAGCGAGCUGCAUCACCAGCUCCAGCCGCAGUGCCUGCGAUCCCGACGAUCAAUUUCCCCGGCGGUGACAGCGACGACGAUGGGCCCGGCGCUUCAAGCAAUGGUCCAGUCAUCAGCAUCUCGGGCCCCGACGAUGACGAGGGCGGCGGUCGCGCCAACAGUAAGACGGCCUCGUCUGUUCCCAAUGUCCCUUUCAUUUCGGUCGUCGCCGAUGAUGACGAGGAUGAUGAUCGCCGCUCGCAGACAAGCAGCGGCAGCAAAGGACCGUCGGUCUCGAUCUCGUUCUCGGGCGACCCUGCAGGCGGCGCCAAGCCGCAGCAGGCCAAGACGAGCGUGGCGCCAGCGGGGCCAUACUCUCGCGGCGGGAGCGACCAGGGUGCCGCCUCGGCGUCGUCGGUCGGCGGCGGAGCCCAGUGCUACGGCUGCCGAAAGUACAUCGCCGGCAAGGUGGUCCACGCCCUCAAUACGACCUUCCACCCGGCCUGCUUCGUUUGCGCCCACUGCUCCGAGGGCCUGGAGCACGUGGCGUUCUAUGAAAAGGACGGGCUGCCCUACUGUCACUUUGACUAUCACGAGCAGUUUUCGCGCCGGUGCUUCCACUGCCGGACGCCGAUUGUCGACGAGCGCUUCAUCACGGUGCAGGACGAGGAGCUCACCGGCGGUGGCGGCGACGGGGGCGAAGGUCAGGGCAAGGAAAGGUGCUACCAUGAGCUGCACUUCUUUUGCGCCAACUGCGGUGACCCCUUCCUGGAUCCAAAGGCGGCCGGUUCGGCGGCGGGCGCGGACCCCAGCCUGGUGGCGGCAGACGAGGACGGUAGAGUCAAAGCGGGCGGCAUGGAGUUCAUCGUGCACAAGGGAUACCCGUACUGCGAAAAGUGCCACAUCAAUCUCCACAAGCCGCGCUGCAAGACGUGCCGGAAGCCCGUGGUGGGCGACCUGAUCACGGCGCUCAACGCAAAGUACCACCCCGAGUGCUUUGUCUGCGCACGUUGCCAGAGGCCUUUCGAGGAGACGAGCUUCUUUGUGCGCGACGGCAAAGCCUACGACGAGGAGUGCUACAAGGUCGUCCUGCGCGCCCUCGUCUGA